AUGGGCCCCGGCGAAUAUGUUAUUGUGCCUUCUUACAUUACCAAGUGCCAUAACUGCGGCCAUGGUUCAGAUUUGCGAGGAUGUCCCCAGUCUCCUUUGAACAUUGAAGGCGAUGCUGGAAACUGCACUUCUCCUGAGGCAGUGAAGAAAGUGAGACAGCAGAUUAUUGAACAUAUUGACUUGUGGCUCUCACAAUGUGAUUACGAUGGAGAUGAUGAUGCAUCUGAUUUCUUGGGGACAGCAAGGAGCAUGGUUUCUUCUUCCUGAACUGGCUAUUAACUAUAAACUGUAGGUAAAUCCUAUAUCAUGCACAAAUAUCUUCUCGAAAAAGAGAAGCGAGUUUAUGAUUUUAUGAUAUAAUUAUAAUUUGCACGCAUACUUCUCUAUUUGAACAUUGUUUAUCAAAUAUUUAGUUAUUUUUGUCCAGUGAGAAGUUUUAGCCUGUAGAGGCUGUGCUUAGAACAGUGACUGACUGUCUUUAUCAUAAACUGAGUUAUGAAAAUAAUCUUUCCCAGUUUAUGGGUAAUAUUAUAUUCAA